GAACGUAUCCACGACCCUCUCAUCACCGCGCCUCACUUCAGGUCGUGCGCGUUACACCUUGUUCAUUUUUUUUUUCCAGUGCGGUGUUGUCCAAACUCUUUACCCUUCUCCCGUAUUGUUGUCUUCGUAUCUCUCUGUCUCUGUCUCUUUCUUCCUUCCUUCCUUCCUUCCUCCCUUCUCUCCUCCCUCCCCUCCUUCCUUUCCGUUCGUCGUGCUCGCAACAACGUUCGCCAUCGAUCGAUCGAAUCCUUCGAAAGAUAUCCUUCUAUCGGCUUCGACGUUCUAUCGUCGAAUUACCGUAAUCCGUGCCGCCUGGAAUUAAUACCGAUCCCGCAUACCGAUCGUAAAGACUUUGAACCGUGCCGGGAUGUUAUUGCAUAAUAAGACUCUCGCCGGUAAAGCGUUGGCUUUCAUCGCCGAGGAAGGAUAUGUCCCGUCGAUGCGAGAAAAAUUUUUGGGAUGGAACGUACCGCCGGAGUAUUCGGAUCUUGUGCAUCCCCAUUGGAGAGCAUUCCCAGCACCUGGAAAACAUUUUCACAUCGGACUCGCGAUCAUCUAUUCGAUGCUGCUAAUAAUGUCUCUCGUAGGCAAUUGCUGCGUCAUAUGGAUAUUCAGCACAUCAAAAUCACUGAGGACCCCAUCGAACAUGUUCAUAGUCAGCCUGGCGAUAUUCGAUAUAAUAAUGGCUUUUGAAAUGCCAAUGCUCGUGAUCAGCAGUUUUAUGGAACGUAUGAUUGGCUGGGAAAUCGGAUGCGAUGUCUAUUCGGUGUUUGGCUCGAUUUCUGGCAUGGGACAAGCUAUGACCAAUGCUGCCAUCGCAUUUGACCGUUACAGAACCAUUUCCUGCCCGAUCGAUGGACGACUCAACUCGAAACAAGCCGCGGUAAUCAUCGCUUUCACGUGGUUUUGGGUGACACCGUUCACUGUUUUACCGCUACUAAAAGUUUGGGGCCGAUACACUACCGAGGGCUUUCUCACCACUUGUUCGUUCGAUUUCCUUACGGACGACGAGGAUACGAAGGUCUUCGUCACGUGUAUUUUCAUUUGGGCUUACGUGAUUCCUCUCAUCUUUAUCAUAUUAUUUUAUUCUCGAUUGCUCAGCUCUAUUCGCAAUCACGAAAAAAUGCUACGAGAGCAGGCAAAGAAAAUGAACGUGAAGUCAUUAGUAUCGAAUCAAGACAAGGAGAGAAGCGCCGAAGUGAGAAUCGCAAAAGUAGCAUUUACCAUCUUUUUCCUUUUCCUUCUAGCUUGGACACCGUACGCAACCGUUGCUUUGAUAGGCGUAUACGGCAAUCGGGAACUUUUAACGCCUGUAUCCACAAUGUUACCUGCUGUAUUCGCCAAAACAGUAUCUUGUAUCGAUCCAUGGAUUUACGCGAUCAAUCAUCCGAGGUAUCGACAAGAAUUACAAAAACGAUGCAAAUGGAUGGGCAUUCACGAGCCGGAAACGACUUCUGACGCUACAUCUGCCCAAACUGAGAAAAUCAAAACAGACGAAUAAAUCGAACGUUCUAAACCUUGAUGCGCUUAUAUAGGUUGUUUUUUCGGUAUUUGAUCGAGAUCGCACUUAAAAGGAGAAGUGCAACCUUGAUUUUGCGUUUUUUUGAUCUUAUCUCUAUCAAUAAAUAUUAAAAUUUAAGAUUUUAUGUAAUGUGAAAUUGUAUAAAAAUGCAAUCGUAGCACGGAUAAUAACGAUUGUACUCUUAUUAUUAAAGCAUUAUUAAAGAGCAAAA